AUGCUUCGUCUGCUUCUCCUCGCCACCUUGGCUGGCAGUGCGCUCGCAGGCGACUUUACAGUCAAGAUCCGACCCAGACAGGAAAGCUCAGUGGGAGCUUACCCUCCGCCGCUCGCCAUUCCCACCGCCGAUCAGACACCACAAGUGUGGCUUGACGCUCUCAAUGCCGCCAUCGCUGCUGGAAAAAUUCCGAAUAUCCCUGUCGCCCAGAAUCAAGAUGGAAACCCUGUGUAUCCAAACAACGAGGGCCAGGACCCAAACACCUGCUCGUGGACCGUCACCAAAUGUGUUUCCAAGACCGACAUUGUCAACGCUCCUCCCAACAACAUGGCAAUCGGCUUUGACGACGGUCCUACAGAGAACAGUGGCGACCUGUACGACUUCCUUAACCAGCACAAUCAGACGGCAACCCACUUCAUGAUUGGUUCCAACGUCCUUCUCAACUCCGGCCAGUUUGCUCAGGCGGUGAAAGAGGGCAAUCAGCACUUUGCCGUUCACACCUGGUCGCAUCAUCUAUGCACCACCUUGACGAAUCAACAGCUCGUUGCUGAACUGGGCUGGACCAUGCAGAUCAUCGCCGACAAGAGCGGCGGCUACAUUCCAAGCUUCUGGCGUCCGCCCCAGGGCGACAUUGACAACCGCGUACGUGCCAUCGCAGAAGAGAUCUUCGGCCUUACCAACGUGCUCUGGAAUCAUGACACGAACGAUUGGUGUCUCAAUGACCAAGGCGGAUCCGACUGCCCCGGUGAGGACCCCGGAGAGGACUACGCUUCCGUCGCCAGGGCAGCUUCACAAGGAAUCUAUGGACCAAGGGAUCAGGGUCUUAUUAUGCUCGAGCACGAGCUGACCCACGCCUCGAUUUCGGUGUUCAAGACCUACUACCCUAGCCUUGCCGGUCUGGGCUGGAUAACCCACAACAUUCCUGACCUCUUCGAUAUGCCAUGGUACAAGAACGCCUGGGAUGACUCCCUACCGCCUCAGAAUGGAACUGUCUUGCAGACGUUCCAGCUUGGCGCAAACCCCAACGACGACAGCAGUACGACUACGUCGAGCUCGGCGGUAGCAUCGAGCACUCCAGCUUCCUCCGGCACCGCCAGUGCUGCAACAACCACCUCGACUCAGAGCGAGGCAGGAAAGACUUCAUCUUCUCAGCAUGCGCCUACCACCGCUGUCAAGCAAGGUGUCACAACGAGCGGCGCGUCGAGCUUCGCUCCCGCCUCUCUAGGGGUCGCCGGAUUUGCUGCUGUGGCUGUCUUCGUGGCCACUCUGCUCUAA